UCCCAGAAAUUCUGGCAAAUGUCUCCAAUAAAAGUAUUAAUCAUUUUAACUGCGUCGUGUAGUAGUAUAAAAAUUAGUCAACUCUGUCCGCAUACAUCACAAGUUCACCAUCUUUGCGGAACGCAACAGACCUUCCAUAAUGGCAAAAAUUUUUAUUUUAACGUUCGUGUUGGUGGCAUUACUUUCCUGCACAAAUGGAAAUAAUGCUUCGGAAUUUAAGUUCCUGGGAGAAUACAUUCCACCACAAAAUAACAGUCGAGCGACUGCAACGGCGGCUGCCUCUGUGUAUUACUUGAGUCGAUCCACGGCAACCUGGGGCGACGCAUGGUUUUUAUGCAAGAUAUCUUUCGGAGGACAACUUCUCGCCCUGGAAACAAAAUCAGAGAGUGAUUUCAUAAGGGACCUACUUGUGAAGGACGGAAUUGGUCAAGUUUGGACUAGUGGGGCUUAUGAUACGUCAAUCAGCAUGUGGAGAUGGGCAUCCACUGGCGUUAUUGUUGACUACGCACCAUGGGGAAACGGUCAACCCGUAAGUCAGGAAGACAACGAUCGUAUUGCAGUUUACAACACUGUCUUUUCUAGUGACUGGAGAUCCGUUGAUUCAGCUGGUCAACGAUUCUAUAUCUGUGAAGUUCCUGAAGUCACAGCAGCAACGACUGCUGUCCCGACAACCACUGUUACAUCAACAACGCCUGGAUCGAUAAUUUCCAAUACAUGUGGGGAUGUCCUUGACGGUCUUACCGGUAGAAUUGAUUAUACCGCACCAGCUGCCGCUAUCGAAUGUUCGUGGACUAUUAGAUCUAGGACAUCCUCAAACGUAACAUUCCAUGUAAGAGAUAUACCCAAAGAUUUGGCAGCAGAUGUGACAUCUGUCACGCAUUCUCAACCUUAUGCUAGAUCAAAAUGGUUGGUACAAUGGAACUCUGGACCAAUUAGUCGACUUGUAAAUGGGGACAUAUUUAUCGUCACAAUCUAUUCAUCUUGGAACGCAGAAGGUGGGAAAUUUACUCUGGAUUUUGAAGGUAGCAACGACCAUCCCUCAUCGCCCAUGGGUGGAUCCAGUGUUAUGUUUGAUGGACCGAAUUACGAUAAUUAUGAAACGAAUAUAGUACCCGUUCGAAUUCCGUAUUCUUUCACACCACGUGCCAAUCAAUUAAGCUCCUUUGUUUUCUCCACUCAAGGCUAUUUUUCUGAGAGCAAUUAUUACAUCCUGAAUUUAACUUCCCAGUUCAGCUUCCCUGAUGCUUCUUGUAAUAACAAUUUGAGGAUUUACAGCAACAUAUACAAUGGUUACAUGCUUGAACAAUUAUUAUGCACCUCAGACACUUACACAUUUCGCGAGACGGUUACUACGGUGUUGAUCUUUGAUACGGGAUCAGAUUAUGGAACUGACCAAUUUACCUUUGAAUAUGGAUGGGCUAACAGGUGGUGAAAAGCAAUGACCGAGUUUUUCCAUAAUUUCAUGUUUAUGAUUACAAAUUAAAAUGAUCGAAUUUCAUUAUAACUUUGGGCCCCUUGCUAUCUUUUCUAAUGUAAAUUUCUGAGCCCCAUUUCAGACAACAAAUUAAUAAAAA